AGCAACAGGAGCAGCGCAGAGAGACCGGAGUUUGCAAGGAAGGAUGGAGGAGUGGAAGUUCUCGGGCGGGGAAAGCCAGGGAAGGAGGGGGAGAGGGAGAAAAAAAAUUGGCAGGCAUGUAGUGGUGCCUUACAUCAGUAUAGGAGUCAGCAUCUCUGCUGAUGUUCUUUCCUCUCUCUCUCUCUCUCUCUGUGUUACAACACCCCUUCCCUCCUCCAGACCACCCAAAACCCUAUAAAUAAUCGGAGCGCUCGGCUUCUUUCUCAGACUCCUGGCUCUUCAGCAAAGAGGCUUGUGGAGAAGGGCAGGUGGUGGGUGAUAAGAGGAAGGGCGAGAGAGAGAAAGAAGCAGAAGAAGACCGAGGAGCCAGCCGGAGGAGACCAAAGGAGGAAAGAAAGAAAAAAAAGGGCACGAAACCCAGAAGCCAUGGCGAGCGAAUUUAAGAAAAUGGCCUUCUGGCGUGCCGUGGUGGCCGAGUUCUUCGCCAUGAGCCUCUUCAUCUUCAUCAGCAUCGGCUGCGCCUUGGGCUUCCAGUUCCCUGUGUCAGCGAACAAGACCACGACGCCGGUGCAAGACAACGUGAAGGUGUCGCUGGCCUUCGGCCUCUCCAUCGCCACCAUGGCCCAAAGCGUCGGCCACAUCAGCGGGGCCCACUUGAACCCCGCCGUGACCCUGGGCCUUCUGCUCAGCUGCCAGAUCAGCAUCCUGAGGGCCGUGAUGUAUACCAUCGCCCAGUGUCUGGGGGCUGUGGUGGCCACGGCCAUCCUUUCCGGCAUCACCUCGUCUUUGCCGAACAACUCCCUAGGGCUGAACGCGCUGGCUGAAGGAGUCAAUUCAGGACAAGGUCUCGGCAUUGAAAUCAUUGCCACUUUGCAGCUGGUGCUCUGUGUGCUUGCCACCACAGACAGGAGGAGGACCGACGUCUCCGGAUCGGCCCCACUGGCCAUUGGCCUUUCUGUGGCCUUGGGGCACCUUCUCGCUAUUGACUACACCGGUUGCGGAAUCAACCCUGCCAGAUCAUUUGGAUCCGCUGUGGUUGUGGGAGAUUUUAAGAACCACUGGAUUUUCUGGGUUGGCCCCAUCCUUGGAGGCGUCAGUGCCGCCCUGGUCUACGACUUCAUCCUGGCUCCACGAAGCUGUGACGUCACUGACCGCAUGAAAGUCUGGACCAGUGGCCAGCUGAACAGGGCUUGAAUGACUAAUAUGGGAGCAUCAACGCUUGUCCCUCAUUGAAACCUGUUCACACGUUCAAGUGUUCGGAACCAAACACGGAUGGAGAACUCGAGUGUCCUGGAGGCGUAGACGGCGUCCAAUCUGUGUACCAUUUCUGACCAGCGUGGGGGGGGGGGGUCACUCCGUGAAAUUAUUUUUUGGGGGAAUGCUCCUCUCCUUGUUCAACCCACCAGCCGCAAGUGCUUUGUGUUGUACUUAUUUUUAAAGCCCGUACAUACUUUAAUUCACUCAAUCUGUUACAGAAAUGAUAGCUGAUGUCUUCUGUCGUUUAUGAAUCCAUAAAGGGUCCAGAUAACCGGGUGUAAACAUUUUCAGCUCUGUGUGAAGACCAAUAAAGGAAGCAAGAAGAAAACUC